GUGAAAAUGACCAUCUCAGUUUUGAACGUUUUCCAUUUACAGGAAUGUCUAAGACAUAUUGUGUUGACAAACAAGUGGCCGACUCAGCUUGUUCUGCUACAGCAUAUUUAUGUGGCGUUAAAGGUAAUUUUGGUACAAUUGGUGUGUCUUCUAAAGUUUCAAGAAAUGAUUGUCCUGCGUCUAUAAACGAAGAAAAACCUAACUCAAUCUUACAAUGGGCUCAAUGGGCUGGUAAAGCCACUGGAAUAGUAACAACAACUAGGGUAACGCACGCAUCUCCGGCUGGUUCAUAUGCACAUUCACCCAAUCGUAAUUGGGAGUCUGAUUUUAAUAUGCAAAGUUUUACCGAAAAAACCGAUACUACUCAAUGCGAGGACAUUGCCAGUCAGCUGAUUAAAAGAGAUCCAGGAAGAAACUUUAAUGUUAUUAUGGGUGGUGGUAGAAGUAAGUUAAUAAUGAAAAAGACUAACUCUACUGGAGAAAGACUGGAUGAAGAUUUAGUCGUAAGAUGGAAAUUGGAUAAAAUGAAAAGAUUCAAAGGAAAGACAACAAGAUACAUGACUAAUAGGAAAGAACUAAUGAGCACUGAUGUUUCUAAAGUUGAUUAUUUGUUGGGCCUUUUCCAUCAUACUCAUUUGGACUACAGGUUGAAAUCAAAUAUUGAAAUGCAACCAACGCUUACUGAAAUGACUAUUAAAGCCA